AUGCAGCCGGCGAGUAAGAAGCAGCGGGUGAUGCAGGCAGCGGAUCAAUCACAGCUACGGCCAGAUCAGGUCAAGGCGACGAGCAACAUUUUUGGGGAAUUGAAAGAAGACGAGAGCGAAAGCGAAAGCGAGGAGGAUGAGGAAGAGGAGGAUGAGCAGGACAAUCACGACGACGAAGAAGAGGAAGACGAAGACGAGGAUGACGAUCAUGAGGGCGAGCCGAGCAAGAAGCGGAAGAAGAAUGACCCAGAGGCCUUUGCAACAGCCAUGCAAAAGAUUCUCGGCGCAGGUCUCACUCAGCAAAACCGCAAGAACCCAAUCCUUGCACGCUCCAUUGAAUCGAAGAAGCUGGAUCUUGCUGCAGCGGAUGCCAAGCUCGACAUUAAAGCUCGCAAGCAAAUUGCGCAGGAGCGGAAAGCUGCGCUCGAUAAGAAUCACAAGGAGCAGCCUAAUGCCGCAGAAAGUGAACAAGCUGCUGCCCGAGUGAUUGAAAAGGAACGCGCCUUGCGCAAGGUCGCCCAACGCGGUGUCGUACGCCUCGGCGACCGGAACGGCUGGUAG